UACUGUGAGAGCUGUAAUUGGUCACAGCUUGUCACAUGGUACAAGGCUGUUGUGAAUAUAGCCUUGUACCAUGUGAUCUCUGUGAUCAUUCCCAGAUUUCACACGUAGUAAGCAAUGAUGUCAGGAAGUUGUUUACUACUGUUCAUGUGAUCACUGAUUGGCCAAUCAGGGUGCCAUUGGCUGCUACAGAUGUCAAUCACCGAAACGCGGACGGAAAUUUCCCCCUGCGGGCACCUGGUGAUCGCCAAGGAACAGUGAAAGGGGAGAGGUCUGUGUGUAAACAACACAGAUCUCUCCCCUGUCAGCAC